CCCCCGCCCCCACCCCGGCCCCCAGUGCGCAUGCCAGGGAGGAAGCUCUCUUGCUCAACCCCCUCCUCUUCCUGGCACCGAGUCCGGGGGGGAGGGAGUGAGUGAGACAGGCGCUGGGGGUGGGUGGGGGCGGAGAGCACCCGCGAUCCCCUGCAACCUGACCCCCCACCCACCCAGCACCCGCCGCAGCGGGGGGCGCCACCCUUAGGCCCCGGGAGGGGCGGGGGAACAAGUUGGAGCCUGCAGCAGCAGCAGCAGUAGCAGCGGCAGCUGGGGAAGGGGCAUCAUGAACCGAGGUGUAGGCUAGCAUGGCCACAGAGUGGGUGUGAGCUCACUGCACUGGACAUCACCUGGACCCCAGAAGAGAGACUGCUAGGCUAUGAGUGCCUGAAGGGAUCGUGCCCACUCUUACCGCCGCCUGCUGUGAGGUUUGCAGCCAUGAGCAGGUGCCCAAGUGCUGAGGGAGCACAAUGAAUGGCGGCAAUGAUUGCUCUGUUGUGGAUCGAGGUGGGCGCCUGGCAGUCACACCUGUGCCCGUGGGCUGGCAGCGCAUGGUGGAAGAGGGCGGAGUGCGCUAUAUCAGUCCCAGCGGCACAAGCCUGGCUUCGUUGGAGCAGACUCGUGCAUACCUGCUGGCGGACGGCACAUGCAAGUGUGGCCUGGAGUGUCCCCUCAACAUGCAUAAGGUUUUCAACUUCGACCCAGCAGCAAUGGUGACAGGGAGUGAAGGAAGCAAGGGCGACGAGGACAUGACCAAGCUGUGCAACCACCGGCGGAAAAUUGUGGCUAUGGCCACGCUGUACCGCAGCAUGGAGAGCCAUGGACCCCUGAACCUGCCACACCUGGGGCCAGGGCCCAGCCUGAUGCAGCUGCCUCACCCAACCACACCAGGGCCCAGCAGUCGCCCACAGCAGAUGCUUCCCAGCAAAGCCUCCGCCACCUUGGCGAAGGGCCCUGAACUCUACCAGCAGUGCCCCUCUGAUCGCUAUGGCAACACCUGGUCCAGCCCAAGCUCUCCUUUCCCCCGCCACCACAACACUCUCUUUGGGGAUGUCUUCCCAGGCCGCCUGCCUGCCACCACCAACGGCAACACCCGGCCGUCCUUCCCAACUGAACUGAGUGCUGUUGGGGGUCCCUUCCUGCCCAGCAAGGCCCUCUCAGACACGCUGUCCCGGCCCUACUCUUCCAGCUGCCUCUUCCCUCCAGAUGAGGCGGCGUCCAGCCAGGAGGGCGGCCCCUGGAGCAGCCGGCCGGUGCCUCUGGGGUCUCAGACUAGCACCACAGGCUCACCCGCCCCCACCACCCUCUCCUCCAUUUCAUCACCGGCAGGCAGCGCCGAGCCGUCCCCACAGCGCUCUCGGCACUCCUCAGCUUCCUCAGAGCAGGGCCUCUCUGGACAGCGCCCAGCUGCCAGGCCCCCCGGCUUGGACGCAGCGGCCCCAGCUAAUGCCUUAACCAACCAAAGCAGCAAUAACCUGCCCUCAGUGCCCUUAGGAGCUGCCCCGGAAGGCAAAGGACCGCCCAGCCUGCUGCUCCUCCAUCCUCAGGGCCCAGGCUCCUUCCCAGCCAGCAGCUUGUUGAGUGCAGCCGCCAAGGCCCAGCUAGCCAGCAGGGGGCGUCCUGACGAGCUGGCUGCCAGCACUUUACCCAGCCGCUUGCUACUGUCCAUGGUGGGCGGGCGAGCGCCCAGGCGGCAGCGCCGCUCUCCCACCGUCCUGCGCCUGCUCAAGGAUUCCCACUCGGUGGGGCAGGCUGGGCUCGCCCAUCCGGAGGAGACGGCGACCCGACACCCCCGGCCUCGGGACCAGCUGCCAGCAGGGGAGGCCAAGAAUGGACCCCCGAGCUCCGGGGCUCCGGCUCAGCCGCUGUCGUCCCUGCUCAGCCUGCUUGCUCCCCCCGUGAGCUCAUUGGCCUCCCCUGGCCUCCCACUGGUGUCCCCGACCCCUGCUGGCGACAGCCCCAGCUCUUUGCCCUCCUUCCAGGACUUCAACAGCCAGCUCCUCAGCCUCUUUGGGCAGCUGGCCUCGGCGUCUUCUGAACAGAUCUCAGGGAGCCCCCCACAGCCCAAACCACCUGCCUCCCCGCUCGGAUCACACGGCACCCCAGGUGCCGGUUCCGCUUCACCUCUGACUCCCAAAGCCCCGCCAGCAGCCAGCCCUGUGACUGUCCCCACCAGUGCAAUGGAAGGCGGGGGCCUGGGCUGCCCUGUGGCCUCGGGCCCCGAUCCCUUCCCCUUCCUGGCACAGGAGCAGGCGCUGCCUUUUGGGAAUGCUCUACCUCCUGGGCUGCUCCCACUGGGCUCCUUCCCCUUCUCGCUGACCCUGGGCCCAGAGACACCACUGCCCCCCCUGAACCUGCAAGGGGACCCCGAGGGGCACUCCUUGCUGCCUCUGGUGCUGCCCAGCCUGGAUUUGCUGCAACAACCAAGCGGACUCCUGGCAUCGCUGCUGGGGCUGCCAGAGGUGACGUGUGAGGUGGAGAGGGAGGCAGCCGCGACUGAGCCCCUGCUGGAGCCCUUCACCGGCCUCCAUGAAACUCUGCAGCCCCUGCUCUUCCCAGCACUUUCCACCCCUCCAGCUGUCCUAGCUUUAAACUCAGCACUGUUGGCGACCAGCCUAGGCCCUUCUGAACCUGGGCCAGGACCCCCACAGACUGGCCUGGCUAGCACUCCUGUGGCACCUACCUCCACCAGCGCAACAUCGACGACUACUGAGGGCGCCCCCAGCACCUCAGGGCGGCUGCACCCCCUCAUGCCUCAGCUCGUGAACCCCCUGCUGAGCACCACACUUCUGGGUGACCUGUCAGGGCUGAACCCAGGCUCCGGCCCCUCGUUGAUUGGAAACCCUCUUCUCCAGGCCCAGCAGCCGCUUCUGCCACCCAGCCUGCAAGGGCCACUGGGACUCCAGCUUUUCCAAGGGCAGCUGCCCCUGCUGGCGGCCUCCAACCCCCUGGCCUGCCUCCUCCAGAGCUUGCAACUGAGCUCUAGCUUUGGUGUCCCAGAGAAGUCCGUGCAACCGAGUGAAGCUCCAGCCCCAGCCCCAGCCUUGGCCAGUGGGGCCCCUGCAGCAGAGACAGAGCCAGGCCACAACACUGCAUUGCCCCCCUCUUGCACGGACGCUGCCCCUACAAGUGCCUUAGAGCCGCCCAGAGCCCUCGAGCCAGCCAGGCAAGGACAGCAGGAGGCCCCCCUGGGGCAGGAGGCCAACAGCUCGUGUUCCCCGCUCAAGCGGCCCCGUCGUGGCACAGAAGACCUGAACGGAGACUCUGGCAGCAGCCUCCCUCGGGGGCCAGGGCGGGGCGGCAAGUCUGGACGGCGAGGGGGCGGGCGGGGCAGGGGCAGGCGGCACUUCAACGGCCAGCUUCCUGACUUGGGCGCAGGGCACCCGUCCCAUCCUGCCUGGCACUGCAACGGGGAGAUGGUGGCCAGCAGUGCUGAAAGCCAAGCGGGCGCUUUUACUGUCCAGGAGAUAAAGGGCCCUCCUGGAAGGCGACCAGCCCGACGUGGCCGGAGGAGAAAAAGCAGUGGUGCCCGGCCCAGCGCCCGACCUGAAGCUACACGGAUCCGGGGUCCCAGUGCUGAUCCAGGGCCCAGCCCAUUGGUAAGUACCACCCCACCGCCACCUCCUUCAGAGUGGUGGGCACUAAUCUGUCUUGCAGCAAGGCUGUUUUCUCCCUCUUCCCGUGUGCCUGGACACCACACACAGCCCAUGCAUCACACCCAUGCACUUCUCCAAGCCUCCUGUCCACGUUUGUAGGUUGCAAAGACUCAACCAACUGCUUGGGGUGAAAGAGAGGCCAAGGGAACAACCACAAGUCACAACCUCAUGCAUCCCGCGUGGCACCCAAGUCAGAGCAGAGGCAAACGAUUUUCUUGGCAAAGUGCUUCUCAAGGUCACAGAAGGCCAGUGAGAGUUCCUCUAAGCUGCUCCCUGGGUCCUAGAGCAUAAUAGACCUUUUGGGCCACAGGGAAACACCACUGGAUGGCACCAAGGAGGUGUAAUAGAGCAGAGAAGCCAUUGCUCUCUCAGCCACCAUCCCUGCUACACACAAGGGCAAUGGCCUGUAUUCUGUCAGACUAACCCCGGGUCUUCCUCUUGCUGCUCCCCUGUAGCUUCAUUGUGGGUCAGUCCUCUGGGUGAAGGGUGGUCUGGUCCAAGGCCAGUUUAAAGAUGAGAAACUGUAAGGAGGCUUCUCCUAACAGGAUUUUCUAGAAGAUAAUUGCAUUGAAAUUGCGCAUGGAAGGCUGGGACCUGGACAGCCGACUGAGCAGGCACACACAGGUCACAUGAUCAGUGUCUUUCCCACCCUGACAAGGUGUAUUUCUGUUUCAAUUACAGUAGUUCCUAAAUUUGCAUUGGUACAUAUUCAUCAGCACCUGCAAAUUUUUUUGCACAUGUGCCCUCUUUUGUCCCUUUUUUUUGGUGGUGCGGGUGAUGCCUUUCCUUUUUUGGGGCAAUGCACAAGUAGCCACCCCCCACUUCAUUGCCACAAUUUAUGUCUUCAGAUAAUCAUUUCCUUUAAAGCACUUACUGUUUUUGAAAAGCAAAAAUAUCAAUACACUGUGUGGAUCUGAUUGUGCCGCAAAUGGAAGAGUCUGGCCUCUGGUGUCCAUUGGCUUCAUCUGGAUUUCUGUGUUUUCAGUUUAAAAUAAACAAUUGAUCAAAAAGCUUUCUACAUUUUGGAGAUGAGCAAAAGACAAAACAACCAGAGCAAAGGCAAUGCAAAUUCAUCUAAAAGUGAAGAGUUACAAGGUGUCCUGCAAUUUUACAUUAUCACUCCCAUGCCCUGGUGAUUUUAUUGUCUUUGUUUAAAACAUUUCCAUGUCACUUUUUGAAAGUGCUUAAGGCAGCUUAGAACAUGAUAAUUUUAAGUAUUUUAAGCUCAAGGCUGUGUGCACAAAAACUGGGUAGAAACCUGUACCUACAGCAGCACAAGCCAUCAUACCUCUCCCCCUGCCAGCCAUUAUCUCCAUGUCCAAAGGCCUUUUAGAACAAAUGGGCCAACACACGCAUCACUGGACAUCAACAGGACAAGCCCAGAGUAGGAGCUGUGAGGAGGCAGCAAUGUCAGCACAUCCCAGGAAGGGCAGAGGCUGGGAUAAGUCUGGUUCUCUGGACAUCAUCCCUGAAACCACAGGGCAGCAGGACCAAAAGAAGCUGACAGGAAGCUGAUGAAGUCACCAGGGGAAAUUCCCAAGGGAGGGAGACUCCAGGGCACUGAGGGACUAUGAAAGCAGCUGGAGGACCAUUGGAAGCUUGCCCUAAGUUAGAGGAUAAAGGCCUUUCCUCUUUGUUGUCAAGAGGGAUAAACUAUUUGGAGCAGUGGCGGACAUAAUUGCUCUGGUGACAGUGCGCAGAAGUGACUUCCUUGUGUCCAAGCCCAGAAAAGGGAGGAAAGAUGGAAUAGGGCUGUUGAAGAUGAUCUCAACAGCAGAGAUGGGUAGGAUUAUGUCAUUCUUGUAAGGACACAUUUAUAGGAAUCUGGAUUUCCAUGAGGGGGAAAAAUCUGCAAUCUACUAAGUAGCCAUUGCCACACUCUGCUGGGAAAGCUUCAUUCAUUUCAGUGGGGCUUGUGCUGGAGAACUGGAUUGUGCCCCAUUGGCAAGGCUGGUUGUCAUGUCCCAUUCUGCCAGCUCCAAUGACACCUGCAUUGACUGCUUCACCCUUCCCACCUCUUGCCAAAAUCCGUCUCAUUUUCCACUCUGCUACUGUUCAGUUUUGCCAGCAGGACAGAGUAUUGGGUGUUCAUGAUGUGUUCCUAUUCACAUCAACCCUCUGAAACAAACCAGUUUUUUGUUUCAGCAAUUGGCAAGGAGAAUUAGCAAGAGCUUUUCUGUUACAACCCCAAAGCUGAGGAGAGUUUUCUCCAGAAAGAGGCAUCAUCAGCCCUCAUCUUAAUGGGAGGCUCACAGUUCAGUGGUAGAAGCCUAGAGACCUUCAGCAUGCCAAGCAUAUGCUCUGUCUCUGAGCUAUUACCCUUCCCUUAGUUUGCUGCCUGGACCCAGGAAUGGAUUUCUUUUGCACUCCAUCCUAUUCCCACCCUUCCUACUAUUAUCAGUGGACUAGGGCUGUCCCAACUUGCCUUAGCUAUACCUUUUAGUUUUAGUACCCACUGCAGAGUUAAGUUUUAUUGUUGCUUGUUUUAUGGGGCAUUUUGCCUGCUGCCCUUGCCUGCCUUCUUCCACACCCCUUCCCUCUUUUUACACCCUGGAAAUAAAUGGACUUUAUUUAUAACAGGAGCGUCCCCUGCACUGGUCUAGAUGCAGCUCCUGCCUCUUGAGCUCUGCCCACUUAGUAAACUAAGCUUUAAACACCCCCUUCACUCUCGUUCUCUUU